ACUCGAGAAACGAUUACGACUCUAAUUCACAGCCAUUUAGCAGCUACACCGUAACCAACGUCAAGAUGUUAGUGUAAAGUGUAAAUUUCCACCAGCAAAAAAAAAUUAUGCAAGUGACAACUGCAUCAUCAUGGAGGCAUUCGAAGCGAUAUAUUGUCGUUGCGAUGGUGUUCGUCGGAUACAUGAUAUUUUUUGCAGUACAUGCCAAUGUAGGAAUGGCUGUGGUUGAGAUGACAUCGCCAAAGACUAGUCCAGGUCCAAAUGGCACCUCUAUAAUAACUGAUGGACCAGAAUACAGCUGGGACUCGGUUCAGAAAGCUCUGGUGAUCAGUUCCUUAUCAUAUGGUCGCAUGCUAAGUCCAAUAGGUGUGACAUUUGCUGCGAGAAUUGGAGGGAGUACUUUAUACCUGUGGGGGAUCGUUUGUGUUGCAGUGAUCACAUAUUGCACCCCGUAUCUCCUGUAUCUGCACUUCUAUAGCUUUCUGUUGGGAAAUGCCCUCACUGGAUUUUGUGAGGUAGGGGAUGGCGUAUGCUAGUGUAAUAGAAAUUUGGUCCAGAUGGGCUCCACCUAAUGAAAGAGCAAAGAUGGCAUCUAUUGGUGAUAUGGGUGUAUAUGCUGGUCUGAUGUCUUCUUUCAUGGUGUCUGGAUGGAUAUUAUACGAAAUGGGAUGGGCAACGUUAUUCCAUAUUACUGGCAUCGCAACCUUGUUUUGGGCUGGGAUUUGGUACGUGCUGGUGAAAAAUGAUCCUGCAGAUGCUGAGUGGAUCACUGAUGAUGAAAAGAAAUACAUCAAGGAGCAAAUGAAAACCGUUGUUGACGAUCAAAAGAAGCUUGUUUAUCCUUGGAAAGAUCUGCUCACAUGUGUACCAUUUUGGUUGGCUUGUAUGGUAAAGUUUGCUUAUGGCGUUGGAUUUGCAUUCAUGAUGAUGAAUCUUCCUCAAUAUAUCAAAGAUAUGAAUGACAUCGAUAUCAAGAAGAUAGGAUACAUAUCGACAAUUCCUCAAAUUUGUGCAUUAAUUGCGAUGCCUUUUGCUGGAUAUAUCUUCGAUUACAUGAGAUCAAACGAAAUACUUUCAUUGACCAAUGUGCAUAAAUUGUACGCCUGCAUAGGUUUGAUUUCGGGAGUGGUGACAUUUUUGGUAGCUGGUCUAUGGCCAAAUUUCAUAGCUUCGGUUGUUUGUCUAUCCUUGUUUCAAGUCUGUGUCUCGUGUACUGUUUUAGAAAAUCAAAUUGUAAUGUUGGAUCUGGCUCCGAGAUACGCCGCAUUCAUGGUAUCAAUAGCAAGUUCCUGUUACACUGUAGCUUUGAUUUUAACCCCUAUGAUAGUUGGCUACACUGUUACAUCUCAUAGUCGAUCACAAUGGAACAUAUGCUUCAUGAUUUUUGGAAUUUUGUUCGUCAGCACUUCGUUGAUAUGUUUGAAAUUUCUCAAAGUGAAACUGCAGCGUUGGGCGAAUUAUUCGCCAGACGAGUCGAACGAACAGAAAACGUGAUGAUAACCUCAAUAGUAAGUACCUACCUGUACUUUUUCUAUCAAAAUAAAACUUCAGAUACCUACACAACUUUGACAUUGGAUAAUUUCUUUCAAUUUUAAUUCUAUUAAAAUCGUUAAAACAACACUUUUAUCAAUUUUUUUUUCGCGAAAUGAAAAACGAACAACACGUUACACCUACUUAGAUUUCUAGGAUUAAUGAACUCGUUGAUAACCUACGGUUAUCUCAAAUUUCGAGAUACAAUAAAGAUAGGUGUGCCUAAGUCUAUUCGUACCUACGUAAUGUGAGUACUUUGUGUGAAUAAUCAGUAUUCUUUCUUGCAAAUAAAUAUUUUUUUCUCUCA